UGCUUACCGGUCUAACUUCCUCCCUCUGCCAACUGGUAUCGUCGCUAAAAAUAAAAUUUCAAUAUCUGACGCUGGUCGUUUGUAUUAUUCUUUCGGCACGUUCUUUUUUCGUCAAUCUUUUCUACUGGGAAGGUCUGUUAUCGAGUUUCGUUGGGUGCAAGGAAGGAAUCUAGCAUUGAGUGAUUCGGGGGUUGAAGGAAGGCCUAAGAAUAGCUUUGGUUAGUUUUCAUUAUUUUCCUUUUCUAUUUUGCAGGCUCAGCUCAAUAGUGCCUAGACUUCAAUGGAAGUUUUUAAACGAGGACGAGAAGCUGGUCGUGUUCUUGAUGGACCAUCACAAACCAAGCUUUCUGACGUGAACUCUAGUAUCUGUUCCGAAGAUAUGGUCGACUCUUCUUUAUUCUCUUCAGCAAAUGCCUUGGAUGUCUGUGAUUUGUCUGAUAGCUCACCGACGAUUCAGUCACCAAGGACAUCAACCCCGGUGAAGCUCUUAGAUGAAUCCAUUUAUGGUAAACAAAGACUUCCAGAUGAGGUGGUUAUUGAUGAUGCUCAUAUAGCUACGGAGAAUUAUAAAAAAGAUCUUCAUCAAGAACAUUCACCAGCUGAAGGACAGCAAAACUUCUCAUCCGAAUUACACAGCAUUAAUCAGUGGUUUCAAAGCCUUUCAAUGUCUGAUCGUGAACUAGUCCUAAAAAAGCUCUUACAAAGCUAUCCCGUUAAAGAUGCUGCUAAGCUAUUUUCUCAUUCUUUUUCUUCAUCUCCUUCUCAUACGUCGUUGUCGAAUAAUAAACCAGUUGGUUCCUCUUCUUCCUCUCCUUCUUCCGUUGAUGCAGAGGCUCCUCCGUUAUCGGACUCUCUUGCAUCAUUAACGCCAACUUCAAAAACACCAAUUAAGCAACCUUCGGCAUCUUCUAACCAUACCCAAAACAGUUCUUUCUCAAACAAGCAACAUCCUUUAUCUGCCGCUCUCUCCUCUGCAUCUCCUUUAGCUGCAAGGACUUCAUCAACCUCUUCAAGUUACUUCGCGCAGGAUCGCGACCUACUAACAAAAAACCGUCUCUCUAAAGCUAUUGCAUAUUCUUCCAUUAAUCCUUCUGCUUCUCCUAUCUCAACAAGCCCUAAAAACAAUCACAGUACCAUCGCUAACAAUGGAACACCUAAAGCAGGCUCUUUAACAAACAAAGCUUUCCAAAAGCAAACCAAUUCUGAAUUGUUUUCAGGUGCAUCGAAAAAGGCGUCAUUUGCACCUAGUGGAACUCCUUCAAAACCUUCGUCAUCCUUCUUUGAAACACCGACCGCUAAUAUUUGGGAUUCUCAUGAUAGAUCUGCUUUCUCAGCUCCUCCUGCCCCGUUCUUUCCCUUAGGUAUUUCUCCACAUCUAAACGAAGAUUUAUCUCCUCGCGGGCGUUGGCAGAAUUACACCUAUUCCCCUCCACCUCCUCCACCUCCUCCUGAUCUUCUUACUGGGAAUACGAAUCAACGUUCGAUUCCUGAAAAAUCCCAUCUUUUGUACCGUUCUAGCCAGAUAGGACCCCGUUCUCGGCUGGAAACACGUCCUUCUGGUACUGAGGGAAAGCCUUUGUUUUCCUCUUCUUUGCGUUUUUCCCACGUCCCUGGUGCACCAGAAGCUUCUUCCCGCAGUAGUACUCGAUUGGAGAAUCCUAAUGCGCAACCAAGUACCCCCUUAAAUAAACAGACCUAUGUUAACGAUCUUCCUCAUACAAUAACGCCUGUCCCCUUUACUUCUUUAUCCUAUAACCCCGGAGUUGAGAGUGAGCGUCCAUAUAGAAGAAACGGAUUUUGGUUAAACAACUGGAACUCUCCCGCUUUCUUGCAUUCUCCACUUCUUCAAGACGUUAAUACUCCUUACCCUCAGUUAACACCGACUGCAAAUUCUACGUAUUCUGCAAAUAUGGAUAAUUCAAAUUUUUCAACACCUGUGGGCAUGCAUAUGUGUCCUAUGCCUUAUGCAUACUCUUCUUAUAAUGACCCUGAAACUGGUGAUGCCAUGUCCGGAACAUCACAAAGCUUCACUAAUUAUGUCAAAACGCCGAAAGUCUCUAUCAAAACCAGAAAAUCUUUUUCUAAUUCAAAGAGUACCGAAAAACUGUCUACUAAUGAACUUCCACAGGAUAUUCCGAGCUGGCUCAGAAGUCUCCGUUUACAUAAAUAUACUAAUAAUUUGAAAGACACCGAUUGGAAGGGUUUGGUAUCCUUAACAGACGAAGAUCUACAAAGCAGAGGAAUUAAUGCUCUUGGAGCAAGGAGAAAGCUACUGAAAAGCUUUCAAGAAGUUGCUCCCUUAGUUGAACCAAAACCGGCAUUAGAGAAUUCUGAUACCGAAAAGCGUGUUGACGAUCAGAAAAAUGAUGUUUCUAGCUCAGUAAAUCAAGACGAAGACGAUAGUCGAUUCAGCGAUCAUGAUUCUCGAUCUUCUGAGGGUGCUAACGACAUUUGAUGCCUUCGUUUGCUCAUUUUUAUAAGCAUAAGGAAAUAGAUAUAGAAUUAAAGUAAAUGAAAAAAUUUAAUGACAAUUGACUAGCGUUUUUGUAGAAACUAUCCAUGGGUUACAUAAUAUACAGAAGGGGAAA